AUGACGCUGGCAGUGGACCAGCGAAAAUUCAUGAAUCAUCCAGCUCCAGCAAACAGUCGUUAUAAACCUACUUGCUAUGAGCAUGCUGCUAACUGUUACACUCAUGCGUUUCUUAUUUUCCCAGCCAUUAUUGGUAGUGCCCUCCUUCAUCGUCUCUCUGAGGAUCAGUGGGAAAAGAUAACAGCAUGGAUAUAUGGAAUUGGUCUAUGUGCACUUUUCAUCGUUUCAACAGUGUUUCAUAUAAUUUCUUGGAAGAAGAGUCAUCUAAGGACAAUGGAGCACUGUUUUCAUAUGUGUGACCGAAUGAUGAUCUAUAUCUUCAUUGCAGCAUCAUAUGCACCUUGGUAUAAAAUCGUGGAGCUCUUCUUCUAUUUAGCAAUGGGAUUUUCUCCUGCUCUAGUUGUAACUUCCAUGAACAACACUGAUGGACUUCAAGAACUUGCCUGGGGAGGGCUAAUUUAUUGUAUGGGAGUGAUCUUCUUCAAGAGUGAUGGAAUAAUUCCAUUUGCCCAUGCCAUCUGGCAUCUGUUUGUUGCCACAGCAGCUGCAGUUCAUUAUUACGCUAUUUGGAAGUAUCUUUACAGAAGUCCUGCAGAUAUCAUCUUUCAGCUAUGAUAUGAAACACGAAGACAGAGACAUCUUCAACAACAAUAUGCCUUUGACUCAGUAUUACUUGGGGGAAAAGAAAUUCUCGGGAAAUGUGGGGAGGGGGAUUGUAGAGGAAAUAAUGCACUGACUCUGAUCGUUUUCAGCUUUACUGUGAACUUAAGUGACAAAACUCUUUCGUAGAAUUACAGUUCGCAUAGCAAGUGCUGGAGCACCUUGUUCUCCUAAGUACAGUCCUAGGAGAGCCCCAGUUGAAAUAAAUAGGACUUGGACAAGAAUAUGGCACUCCUAUUCAUUUCAGUGUGGCCUGCACAGAAGCCUAUCCUUUUCAUGUUGCAUCCAUCGUGAAGAUGUGGAGGCUACAUUUAACCGGUGAAUUUUAGGUGGGGCAUUUAAAUCCAUUUAAGCCCAGGUUGGGAUUGUGGUUCAAACCAACAUGCUGCAUUAUGAAAAAUCCAUUCCACAUUAACAAGCUACGGCGAUGUGAAAAAUGGGUGGUGGUAUGUUUACAAAUUCUUUUUUAAUGUCUGUCAUAAGUUUUAACUUCUGCAUCUUUAAACGAUGUAAACUUAUGAAUUAUAGAAGUUUAUGUGAUAUAGCGAAGCCACAUUUUUAAAAUUGCUUCUAUCACUUUUCACAAAUAAUUUCAUAAAAUACAAAUCAUGGACUGAUAGGGUUUAGCUCUUCCCUCCCAAACCUGAUAAACCAAUGUGACUUUUAUAAAAUGUUUUAAAAAAAAAAGUUAAAGAAAUAGCUUGUUGUUGUUUUUUUUGCAAAAACCAAAAACAAACCUGGCUACAUUCCACAUAUUGGUACAUAAUCUCUCUACCAGGGUUUUCAUUUUAAAAAAUGUGACUGAUAAUAAUUUCUAAAACUGGCUUUGCCAAACUAACCUGAAAAUCUUCCACCUGCUGUGGUAAACUGAAUUGCCAGUGUGGAGUGUAUUUCAGAAUACAACUAAUGCUACCUAAUACAGUGCCAUUUCUAGAAGAAUUUGUAGGUAUCUGUGUGAUAGAAAUUUAGUUAGAAAUGUGACCAGCAGUUAACAGCUAUAACAUUUGAAUGACUCUAAAGCAUCAGUAAUUUUGUAGAUUCGUAAGACAUUUGGUGCUCAAACAGAGGUUCUAGUGCAACUUUAUGCCUGUUUACUCAGAAGUAAAUCUCAUGGUAUUAAUGGGGUUUACUCCCUAGUGAUUUUAGGACUGCGUCCUUACAGUAUUCAAGAUUACUAGUUGGGGCCAAUUUGCUCCCAUUGGGUGUAACCUACUAGAGUACUUUUGCCAUUUCUGAAAACUAAAGAAUUGCUGAUAAAUUUUUGAAUAUUAAUAGUGAGUGGUUCACUAUAACACCCAAAUGGCCUUUAUGGAAGGGAAGCUAAAAAGACUCGUGAUAUCUUCUCCGUCUGGGACUUAAAGUCGCAAAACUGCAAGCGUAUGUUGUUCUUAGUAGUUGGGACAAUAAAGAACGGCAGCAGUUUGGUUGUCUGAUGUGUUUAUUAAAUGACAAGGUUUGAAUCUUCAUUGUGGUGGUCAGUGUCAAGUUACUGUAUACGUCCCACUGUACUAUGAAUGUCUUAUAUUAAGAUUGAAUUUAUGCUUUUUGUAACUUGCUCUUUUUCAUGUAAGUAUUUAAAAAAACUAAAAUGAAACAUGUUGCCUUUUUCAGAUUUUACUCUGGAGAUUUUACCUGUGAAACAACAGAACAAAACUAUAAAAAUGUUGGGGCAGGAGUAUGUAACCUCUUCAACAUUUGCCACUUGGUUAUAAUUUAGCUUCUAGAGUUGGAUGCCUUUGCUUUAGACAGAGAGGCUGCCCAGAAAAAAAAUCUGGUUUCAAUGCAGUAUUAGCUAAUGACUAUAAAAUUGUAUCUUAUCAGACUCACUUCCAAAGCUGUUCAGAGUGUGACGAUGUCUGUAAAUGUCUGACUAAACGGUAGUUGUUUCACUCUUUUUCUUAGCAUGUCAAGAGACAGGGUUGCAAAAGAAUGGAAGAGCCUUACAAGAAAUUCCCAUCUAGCUAUUGGAAUCCAAGAGGUGGAGAACUUGUUUAACUUUCUUGAGUAGAAUGUUAGAAAAAAAAAAAAAAGUGCAAAAACGUUUACUGUGUCCAUUCUGGAAUAUCUGAACGACACAGCUCUGUUUUUUUUUUUAUUUACUUAACUGGUGUAUCUGAUUCUAAAUAUUUUCACUUUGUGUGAGUUUUCUCAAUCACGUGUAGUGCUGUUAAAACCACUAAAAUGUUUUUAAAGCUCUGUUUUUGUUAAAACUAGUUCUAAAUAACACUGCUACCUUCAUGGUAACUUCUUGUGGUAUUUAUAAUGUUGCAUCUUUUAAGGAUGAAAAGUGUUAAGGUUGAAAACAACUGAACAUGUCCUCCCCCUAAUUUAAUCCAGUUCCUGAAGGUUAAAUGUUACUAGAUUAAUGCAAAUAAACAUUUUGUGCAAUUUGGAA